GGUACAAGUUGGAUGCAGCCAAAUGAGGUCUUAGUUUUUUGAAAAUUUUGAAUAUUGGUGAUAUAAUAAUACAAAUUAUUCUACAUUAAUUUGAGUUCUUUGUAAUGGUUUGCAGGCCACUCGUGCUGACCUGAGGUUCAGGCCGAGGUUGUGCAGCACGUGUUGUUGACUUCUUGUGGUGUUGAUCAUGGCACAGAAUACGCGUGAUACUUGACUUUCUAAACUGGUUGUUGACUUUUGAACUUUACGUUUACAAAGAAAUACUAGGAAAAAAAAAAAAAUGACAAUCUGUGUCUAUCAAUUGACAAUUGCAAAUUCCUCCGGUAGUGCCGCUCACGAAACCUUAUUGUUUAAGGUUUAAGAAGGCUGGCUCUGUCUCUUUGGGAAUACAUAAACAAAGCUCAAAAAGUUGAUGUUUAACAGUAUUGUUUGAGGCUGUUUCUUCUGUAUAUAUGGAUGAGCCACAGAUGGGUGAAGGGCUUCAAUGAUAAUGUUUGACAUAUUUUACAGCUUAUUUUAAAGGAAGUCAUGAAGAAAGGAACAGAAGGAGUAAUGCCCUCAGAGAGGGAAGUUUUCAGCCUUUCAGGGCCAGUACAUCUCACAGCUGUUGACUGGAACAACAUACAUCACCGAAGAUCUAUUGCAGCCAGCUUGGUUCAAGGAGUGUACAUUCUUGAACGUGAUCGCCAGAAGAAUCGCCAUGGAUCUCAAGCUCUUGCUCUACCUUGGUGGGACUGCUUCCAUUUCCAAUUAAAUCAUAUGCUCAUAGAUGAUGAUGACUUAUCCAUAUUUGGUGCUGUUUAUGAAUACAAAUACCCAUCUGCUCCAAACAUUCCACAAUAUGUUAUUGCCUUCCGUGGCACAAUCACCAAAUCAGACACAAGGUUACAGGACCUCAAGUUAGACCUCCAGUGCGUCCGUAACAAUCUUCACCAGAGUUCCCGGUUUCAACUUGCAAUGCAUUAUAUUCACAACACAGUUUCUUCAUCUAAAGGUGCAAGUGUGUGGUUGGCUGGACAUUCUCUGGGGUCAGCUAUGGCAUUGCUUGCAGGAAAGAACAUGGCCAAGAUAGGUUAUUUCCUUGAAACAUAUCUUUUAAAUCCACCAUUCUUCUCUCUCCCCAUUGAGGGGGGUUUCGAGGAUGAAAGAGUGAAGCUUGGAAUCCGCUUUGCAAGCAGUGUUGUCAAAGCAGGCCUCAGCCUUACUGUAAAUGGUCGCCAACAUCAUAAGGCUCAAUCACAUGAUCCUUUUGUAGUGUUAUCUGCCUGGGUCCCUUACCUUUUUGUGAACCCAGCUGAUCCUAUUUGUUCAGAAUAUAUUGGAUACUUUGAACACAGGAAGAAGAUGGAGGAGAUUGGAGUUGGAAAACUUGAGAAGGUUGCAACAAGAAAUUCCAUGAGGAAUCUACUCUCCAGUGCAUUGAGAAUGGAUUCAGGUUCAGAAGCACUGCAUCUCCUUCCUUCAGCAUAUCUGACCAUUAAUAGGGGUCGAUUCCCAGAUUUUAAACAUGCUCAUGGAAUUCAUCAGUGGUGGAAUCCUUAUUUUCCUUGUCAAUCUAUGCUUUAUAAGUACAACACAACUUGAAUUGAAUGAAGGAGUGCUUUU